UAUAUAUACGUAUAUAUAGCUAUCAGUUAACGGUAUCGAAUAAUAUACAUAUCACCGGAGCUUAAUCAAUCAGGUGAAAACGGUAUUCAUAGAAGAUGGUGUGCUUUUGUUUUCUGGUGGAUCAGAGAAGACAAGUGAGGCGGUGGAAGCCGGCUGCGGGGCUUUGCUCCCGGUGCGGCGGUGGAGCAUGCAUUGCAGACAUGAAGACCGCCACCAGGUUUUGCCACGUUCCCGUCUACUGGAAAUCAUGGAAAGCUAUCAUGUGUACCUUCUGUGGCGCCAUUCUCAAAUCUUACCAUUAA